GCGCGCCGCGCCACUCGCUUGCCGACCGCCAGCUCUGCCCCACGCGCGCCGCGACUACCCGCUCCCACUCGCGCCUUGAUACUCGCGAUCACAAGUCAUGGAGGUUAAGUACGUGUGGCGCCUGGUGGCGGGCCUGAUCCUGCUGUCCGCUGCAGUGGUCUCCGCCGAGGGCGAGGCAUGGGAGGAGAGCGACCACGAGGUCCUCAUCCGCAACGAGAGGGGAGCUAAAAAUAGAGAGACUUGCCGCUAUGUGCGCGGCGCUUGGAGCGAGUGCGACUCCAAAACUAACAUUCGCUCGCGCAAACUGACAUUGAAGAAAGGCGACCCGUCAAGCUGCGAGAGCAUCAAGACUAUUCAGAAAAAGUGCAAGAAAGCUUGCCGUUAUGAGAAAUCUUCUUGGAGCGAGUGCAGCCCUAAUGGAGAGAUGUCCAGGACUGAUAUGUUGAAGGCCAAUAGCGAUGCUAGCUGCGACCAAAGCAGGCGCAUCACUAAGAAGUGCAACAAGAACAAGCAGGUCAAGACCUCCAAAGACAAGGGUAAGAAAGGUCGCCGAAAUCGUCAGUAAGAUGCGUUAACCAUCAUACAGUUGUGUUUAGACAUUAUCAUUGCAGCUCUUAUGGUGCAUUGGUUCAUGUAAUAGUGCCAAAA